CUUUAUUUACAUUGUUUCAAAGGGGAGCAACAAGUGACGCUUUCAAAAGCUGGCGAAACCAGUGGUCGAAAAUGGCGAAUGAUUUGCUACGGGAGCGACUACCUCCUGGUUGUCAUCUCGGGGUAACACAAGACGGGAGAGUAUUUUUUAUCAAUGACCACAGCAGGACAACAUCUUGGCUUCAUCCAGUCUCACUAGAACCAGUUUUAACUGGACUGAGCAAAGACCCAGAUCUCCCAAAAGGCUGGGAACAAGACGUCACAAAUGAUGGGACUAUAUAUUAUAUCGAUCACAACAGACAGCUAACGACUUUUGACCACCCUCUACUGGGACGACCCCCUGAAAGCUUCAGAAACGCUCCAUACACCUCAGAAAACGAACCUAGCAGUCCCACUAGCCCAGGUAUCAGAACUGAGGAAAAGGACAAUUUUAAGCGGGGGACUUUCAAACAAAGGAGUGUUAAAGCACCAUCAUCAAAGAGGAAUCCUAACUCUGAAGUUGUCAAAAGUGGAUGGUUACUUCGUUUGGAAACCAGUGGACUCACCAAGAGUUGGAAGAGAAGAUGGUGCGUACUGGCUGACUUUGCUCUGUUUAUCUACAAAGGUGAAGAUGAAUCUGUGACUUUGAACUCUGUCCUCCUGCCUAGCUACAGAAUAAACCCAUGCACAGAGACUGACAACAUCAAAAGAAAUUUUGUCUUCAAGGUUGAGCACGAGAACACCAAAACUUUGUACUUUGCCGCAGAGGAUCCCAACGAGUGUAACGCUUGGAUGUCAUUGCUGAGACAGGCAGCCAUGAUGAAUGGCAAUGGUUUCCAAAGAGACUCUGGCUAUAUGGCAAGACAUAUGAAGAGCUUUAAUAAACCAAGUAGCCUUCCACAUACUAACAGUGGCAGCUCUUACACAGCAUAUGGAGACCCAGCGGAAAGCCCUUUCAUUGCCCCUAAUGAUCCCUUUGGUAAUAUGCGUGACAACUCAUUCCAAAAGCAGAACAUCGGCCCUAACCAACAUGGCUCUAACCGGAAUUCCCUGUCGAACUCAUCUCAUGGGUCACAGAACUUUCGACCUAACUACAACAGUCAGUCUUUCAAUCCCAAUCAGUCUCUGACUUCAGGGAACUCUGGUGGCCCUGCACCCGGUCAACAGAACCAGCCACUCAGAGAUGGGUUUGCACCAGACUCUGCCAGAAACAGCUUGGCCAAGUCUGACUCAAGCCGUAAUGGCCAUAAUUCUUACAGCCCUAUUCAAGCAGAGCGACAACGCUCACGUGAUGGGCAGGGCCAGUGGGUGAAUGGUGUUUACCAGCAGCCUCCGAAAGAUGAUUCUUACUCAGACAUUGACACUCCAGUGAAGAUGCUUCACAAGUGGGAUGAAGGGUUUCCUAGUAUGGACACUGAUAGGUUGAAACACAGCUCCUUUGUUGAACUGCCUGACAACAGCAAAGGAAAGCACCCAGAAACAUUCAACAUCAGGAGUAAAUCACAUGAAAAUUUUCUCAGGCAGCCCGACUCGAGAAUGCAGGUCAGGCCAGGACUGUUGACUCAGCAGCAAACCAGAGCAUCUCAGCCACAAGACUUGAGGCGAAGCAUGACUAGUGGGCAGCAGCAAAGAAAUGAGGGUGAUGGGAGUAUGAACAAGUCAUCUCCAAGCACAAGCCCCCCACAUUCUCAUGGUCCAUCUCAGCAAACUGGCGAUCCACUCCGUGGGUCACUGAGAGACACCAGAGAUCAAAGACAACAGUUUCCACCUGGCCAUGACAGAAGGUCUUAUACUUCCAGUUCAUCUUCUGGUGCUCCACCUCCAGGGUUUAACUCAUCUUUUAGGAACUCAGGUCAAGGUCAGGCAGAUCCUCGACAGACAUCUCAGGGGUCACUGUCUCGGCCACACCAACAUACAGACCUUCAUCUCAACCUUAAACAGAGGCCAGAUGGCAGCAAUAACAGUCUACAAAGCAGCACAAGAGGGCACACGUAUGUCAACUUUCCAAACAGGUCUGCAUCAGAUGGGCAACAGCAUUUAGGUCAGGCUCCUCUUCCUGGGCGACCUCCUUACCCUUCAGCUGUGAGGCAGCAGAUUGUGGAAGAGUUGGCAGAGACUAAGACCCCAGUGACCCAAAAUGACUUUUUGACCUCUUCCAAGAUGAAUACGCAGCGCAUGCAGGAGCCUGCUUAUUUCCAGUACCCUACCCCAAGGGAAAAGCAGCUAUCCAACACGUUACCAUGGGAACAAGGCACACAGCCAAACUCUGCAGCAUCGUCACUGUCUCGUAACCAACCCAGCUCUAGGUUAUCUGAUUCAAGUCAUUCCAGCCACCCUUCGGCAGCAGAGGACCAAGGAUAUAGUCCAGGGUCCCCCCAGUCUCGCAACAUGAUGGAUCCAGAGGCCCAGAAGUUACGCCUAGCUUAUGAAAGAGUCAGCAGCCUGAGGCUUGCCCCUGACAAAGAAGACCUUCCAUAUCAUGACAACGACUUGAUGGUCAACGGCAGACUGUACCCUGCCCCAGCCAUGGAAUCUUUGGAUGCCCUUGAAGCCACAAACAGAGCCCACAGGUCACAAGAAGAGCUGAGCACUUAUGGGAAGAUCUCUCCACCGAUGGGCAUGUACUUCAGAAUUCCGGAUGAACCAAAAGAUUUGUAUCAGAGAGGCUCUGCCUUCAGGCCCCCAUCGACCCCAUCUGGCAGUGUUUCUGGUUUGGAUUCUCUUCAGAGGAUGCGACCGUUUAGCUCAGAGCGCCAUGGCAUGUUUCCCAGAGAGAUGGCCAACUUUGGGACACGGACUCAAGAUAUUCAUGAUUAUGCAGAUGAUGUUGACUAUUAUAAUUUAACUAAUGGAUCAGCUGUGCAUCGCCAGUUGGCAAGGGCUGAGGUUCAUGCUGGUUGGUUGGCCAGUGACUACCAUUUCAGAGACCAAAUGGCUAAGUAUGAACAUACACGGCAUAUGAACGCUACUGAAUAUAUUGAAGAUAAAAGUGACAGACAUAAACAUAUAAAAGAUCAGUGGGCUAGCUAUGAUGAUCAGAUGACAAGACAAGAAUGUCUUGAUGACCAAGUAGCUAAAGAUGAACAUUUUGAUGAAGCGAUGCCAAGAUAUGAUCAUUUAAAUGAUGAGAUGGCCAAGCAUGAGUAUCUGAAAGAAGCCAGAAAACAAUAUAUUGAAGACCAGAAAACUGUCAGUGAAGAUCAAAUGGCCAAAUAUGGCAAUAGAAAUGGUCAUUUUACCAGACAUGAGAAUAAUAGAUUGAGAACUGAGCGGUCAGAAAACAGAUUAGACAACUAUGCUGCAGCGAAUGGUCAGUUAGCCAGAGAAGACCGUAAAAAUAACAGAUAUAGUAGACACAGUAAUGGACACUCACACGCUCUUGAUCAUUUUGACAAUAGAGUGCCUACACAUAGUCACAUAACUGACCACAUGAAUGAACGAGUGCCACGUCCAUUUACUGAGCUGCACAAUGUCUACCAGUCCACUUGGUUUGGUCCCUACUGUAACGGACUUCGCAGUAACAAUGUAUUCAAAAACGUAAUGGGGUCUGAAACGCAAGAGAAGAGUGAAUGGCCAAGGGAUGGCCCCUAUUCAACCCACUUGACAGCUCCCCCAAGAAGGCAGCCACCAAUGAUACAUACAGUUAAAGAGGAUCCAAACAUGUCCGACAGGGAGGUCCUGGAAACUAACCUUCAGAAAGUCAUCAAGAAAAAUCCUUUGGCUGGACCCAGGCUAAGAAUGAGCAUAUCAGCUGGAGAUCUGAUUGGAAAAACUCAUGAUGAGCUAGUCUUGUUCCUGAUACAGCUACGCAGGAAUCAAGCAACACUGGAGAAGAUGAGGGAUUGGUACAAGACUCAGCUUGACCAGAGGAGACCAUUAGAAAUGGAAUACAGGAGGCAAGUGAACCAAACUGGGGUAAUCAAAGACAGGAGGCUCAUGGACAACCAUCAAAACUUUUUGAAUGCCAAAGGCCAGAUGGAAGAAAUUGAGAAUAAACUGGAGGUGUACAAGCCUAUCAUCAACCUGCUGGACAACAUGGUCACUAUGGGCAGUCUGUAUGGGGGAGAUAACUUAAUGUUAGCCACACAGUACAGGAAGCAUCUCUUGAGACCUGAUCAGUACCAACCUCCUAAAAAGAUGCUGGAAUUUUCCAGAAAAAAUCAGGAAGACAGACUGAUACAGAACACGGAAGCUCAACUGAAGGAGCUGUCAUCGGAUGAAGUAGAUUUAGAGGAAAAAAUUGAUCGUCUCAAUGAUUUGGAUCGUCUUCUUCAAGAGCAGAGUUUCAAAGUUUCAAGUUAUAAAGAAGAUAAAGAACUAAUGGAGAGAGCCUUGAGUGAUGCAUUUAAACAGCAAGACCAGUAUAGAAAUGAUCCUCGAGAGAUGAGACGACUCACAGAACAACAAAGAACAUUGGAAAAGGAAAUUUCGCGUGUCACUCAGCAGCUAGCAGAAGCGUCAAAGGAACUAGAAGAGACAACAGCACAGAACAAUAAGCUAGAACAGGAAGUUGCACUUCUGCGUACAAAGGUUCAUGGGGAACUGACUCGGAGCAAGAGCACACCUUCCCUGGCCUCUGAGAAUGUGAGAACCAAAAUGCUGAUGGAGAAAGAGCUGGCCAAAGUGGAAGGAAUGAUGCAGGGACUAAAUCAAAAGGGGGCCUCCCUGUCACAAGCCAUGAAAACCAUCAGGAGAUCAUCAUCUAGCUCACAGCUGGCCGCAGCACUAGAGAAAGAAGAGUCCAAGAAAAAAGUUGGCUCUUAUCUCGAGACAGACAUAGACAGUGGACAACAGAUUGACCUGGCUACAGUGGUGGAUGUUGCUUCGCCCGACAGCUACAAGCCUUCCAUUAACCACCACAGACAGAAUGCUGGAACACAAGAAGACUGGGAUAUUGAAGACGCUGAUCAAAACACUAAGCAGUUUUAUGGCCUAGUUCCUCGGGAAAAGCCCAAGGGUUUGACAGUGAGAGAUGUGAAGAGACAAUCAGAGCAGAGAAAAGAGAGACUGAAGAAAGAAGACGAUUUGGAAGAAGUCAAGCUCCAGGUCAGCAAUGUUGACAAUGAGGAUACAUCCAUCAUUCAUGCACGCAUCGCAUCAGAUCCAAGUGGUAAACAUUCCAGCCUCACUCAGUGGGACUCUGCCCAACCACUGUAUGAAAACCUUCCUAAAUACACACCAAAAUCAUCGGUGUCCACAACCAGCGAGACCCAGUCUGCGCCAGGGUCCAGAAGAACCUCCCUCAUUCUCAUGGCCCCUAAACCUUUCACACCAUACCAGGAAAAGUCAGCCAGGCCGUUCCGCAGUGAGCUGGCUCUCAACGCUGUGGGUGAGCCUCAGUUCUCAUCUGUCAAGCCAAAUGUUCCAGCAUCGUCUGACUUUGCCAGGCCGUACCACAGCAUUGAGGCAUUGAACAGCCCCGCAAAAGAGGACGGCCAAGUGGUAAUGGACAAAAACAAUAAUGGGCUAAUGAGCUCCCUGGAGACGAACUAUCCUGCCAACUCUUUCAUGGGCCAGCAACAGAAGCCCUCUGAUCAGUUCAUUGCCAAGUCUUAUGUUCCUGUCUCAUCCAACUCAAGUGGGAGCUUGACGUUACAGAAAGAAAGAAAACAAAAUGACCUAGCUUACCCUGAUGAACAAGAUCCUCAUCCUUCUGCUGCUCACAUCCAGAGACCAUCAGGCCUGUCUAGCUUGCCUACAUCUGGGGCUUACACUGCCAGACCUUGGACUAAGUCUCCUCCAGAGUGGGACAGCAGCCUGCUCAAUGUUAAAAGGAGCCCCAGGGGCCGUCACAUGACCAUCUCCAGCAGUGAACCCCUGAAGCUGGAGAUGAACCCAACCCGGCACAGUGCUGCUGGAGAUCUGAUGACGAGUAGAUUGGUGUACAGAAUGAGUGGGAUUGAUGAUGUCCCAGAUAUUGUGAAAAGCUCACAAACCAAGAUGGACCAGAUUGACACAGACAUGAUAGAUAGGGAAAUACUCUUUAAACCUGAGAAAGUUUUCAUUCCGGAGCGCUAUGACCCAGUCGCUGAUGCAGAGAACUUGACAGAAGAAGACAGGUUGAGACGUUUGGAGAAAGCUGAGCGAAUUAAAAGGGUUCUAACCUCCCAAAGUGUCCUGUCCAUGUCCCAGCAGGACCUGAGUAAGCUGCCCCCUGAGGAUAUUCACAGUAAGGUAGAAAAAGAGAAAAAUGAAAGGGCCCACUACAUGAAUCUGCAUCAGGAGUUGGCUCGUCAGGUCACCUUACAGACCAAGAAACAAGCAGCGGCAAGAAGAAAGACCUGGUCUGGAGAUCAGAUUGCAGAAAUCAAACGACAGUAUGAAGAAUCCAAGUCUUUAAGUCCAGACUAAAUGGGUCAAGAAACAGCAGGACAAAGUGACAACAUGACUUCCCAUCACCGCCUUGACUUUGCUGACUCUAAACUGACAUUACAAUGGAACUUUACAAUCUCAAGCGAGACUUAGUAAUUCAGUACAUCUUGAGAGCUCCGAACUACAGCAUAUUGUUUUCCCUCCAUAAUUAAUGUUGCCAACUUUGAUUUUGUUUUACCAUUCUAAAAUAAUGUUACAAGACUAGGCUGGUAUUGUUUCUAAUCCAAACUGAAAACUAGGAUUCUUUAGCAACUUAGAUAACACUUUCAAACUGGUUUUUAAAAAUAAUGUUUUGUUCUAGAAUAUUUUAUUUUAUUAUUUUUUUUUAUAUCAUAUUCCUGUUUAUGUAUAAACAAACAUACUGCUGUGAUUGCCUAUGCACCAUACUUAAUUUUAGAUUAUUUUUUCUCUUUAUGUUUGUAUAACUUUUUUUUUUUUACAAGUUCAUAUUAUAUUUUUAAACACAAAUAUAGAAUUGCUCAUGUGUUUCUGUUUUUUAUUAAAUAUGUCCAACAAAUGUUUUAUAUUGGUUAUGUUCUUGUACUUUAAAUUCACUUUGUAUAACAAAGAAAAAAAAGCGUAUGAUUUGACUCUUGUAUUAUGUGAACAUGUCUUCCAUGGUUGCAUUCUUUUGAACAAAAGUUUAUAUAUAAAUAUUUUGAUUCCUUUUUUUUAAUUUACAAAAUAUUUUGGAACUUUACAAAAGAAAUUGUCACAUAUAUAUAUAAACAAUUAACAUUUAUCUGAACCCUGAACAUGAAUCUGAAUAAUUUAAGAUCAAAAUUACUUGUUUUACCUAUAGGGAAGUAACUGGAAAUUUUUGCAUAUUAUUAGACAGUGCAGAUUCACUUUUUCACAGUCUUCUGAUAGCAUUACUUAUAAAAGUUAAUGGUUGAGUCUGUAUGUAUAUACCCAGACUUAAAGUUUCCAUUUCAUGAUAGUAACAUUUUCUAACACUUGUGAAUAUGACUGGUAAAUAACAUCUAUUUCUUGUUAUCAAACUAUUUAGUGGCUAAAUUUCUCAAAUUUGUCCUGAUUGUUGAUUGUGUUUUUAUAUUAACAGACAGCUAACAGAAUUGAGUAUUAAAACAAUGUUUAGAAAAGAUAGAUGAAGAUGUUUGAGUUGAAUCCAAUGAAUGAAUCUAUAACAUACAUUCUGAUAGUUCUGGUUCAAUUCCAAGUUGUUGAUAUAAGAUUUAAAGUCAAUGUUCCUAGUGCACAUGCUAUGUAUUCAUUAGUUACUGUAUAUUUCAAUUCUAUAUCCUUGCUUUUUAUAGGCCAGUUUUUUUUUUAAGCCUUAUUUCCUCUCUCCUAUACUAGAGCUAUUACUGAAUAUCACUUGUAGGUGUUAUCAGAUGGGAUAGUUCAAACAUUACCAUGCCCCAGGUAAUGAAAUGCUAUACACUCUAAAGUGAAUUCUUUUUCGCCCUUUUUCUCAUUAUUAUGUUGGAGCAAUCAAAUGACUAGACCAAUAUAUGAGAUGAAACUGUGCAGUGGCUUCCAAAUCAGGGAGCUCUCCAUAUAAUUUUCUUUAUACAGUGAUGUUAUGAAGCCAGUGUCUUGUUCAGGCUUCUUGGUAAGGAAUCUAAAGUGAGUGUGAUAAGUGUAGUGAGUGACAUACUGCAUAAUAUAAUGUUCAAAACUUUUUUUUUUUCUCACUUUAUUGUUGAUAAAAACAAACCAUACUCAGCUUUGGCUCAGAGGAAAAAAAACUUGCGAUUUAUUCAUGUAAUGCUUAGAAGAUCAUUUUAUUAUUUACUGUAAAGAAGCUCCUCUGACUCUUCCAAGUGGUUUUGUAUGUAUAUAUUACUCUUCAUCUUCUGUUGUUGUAAAUAUUUGUUUGUCUUCUAUUACAAAUUAGUAAACAGUGUUUUGAUGGAACAAUGAUUCUGGUUAUGAAUGGUAGUGAAAGUUAAUUGUUCAACUUUGAAGCACUAACAUAUACAUUGUUGCUGUUUUAGAUGCUAAAAUGUAAACAUAUCACUGGAAACUGUUGUUGUUUUUAUUCAAGAUAAUUAUGUGAUUAGCAUUGCCACUGGUUGUGAAUGCUUAGGUUUUAAAAUUUACUUAUGCUGUUGUUUACUUUGAAAAAUGAUCUAUAUGACUAGGAAAUGUGAUCACAAGGGAUCAAAAUUUGUCAAACACAAUUCAUCUAUUUAUAUAACCCUCUCAUGUUAACUUUAUAGUCAAAUAGUCUAUGCAUUACACCAGCUAUUUUCAGAUACUCCAGGGAAUACUCAGCUUUUAGGUUUUUGAAUGAUAAUUCUGGUAAUGGCUGUUAAUUUUCAUAUACAUGUCAUGAAAAAGUAUUUAAUGAUCAUUUAUACCGGUAUAUCUUUGUGAUAUGUGAAAAGGGAAGGAACAAAUUAUUUGGAAGUAUAAAAAAAAAAAAUGCUGAGAAAUGCCUUACAUUCUAUUAUCAGUAGGUUAGGAAUGAAUGAAUCUGAUACAUAUCUUUGUAUUCAACUGUUACUCGGUAGUUUAGAUGAAAACAUUGACAGAGUCUGUCUAGAAUCAGUCAGCUACACGGAUAACCUUGUACAAAUAAAUUAUUUUCUAAACAAAAAAUGUGUUUGGCUUUUAUUUACUUCAGUUUUGACAAAUACUCAAAAAAGAAAAAAAAAAAAUUAAAAAAACAACUAGAUUUUAUACAAAAAAGUGUUAGGCCAGUGAUAAAAACGCUAUAAAAUGUAUGACCCCCUCCCUCCUAAUUUGGAUGUUUUGUAGGAUUUUGAGUUUAAAAUCCAAGUAGAGCUUGGCGUUUCUAUUUCAAAGUAUAAAGCAUUCUCCUCUUUAGGUCUAAUGAAAGCCUGACUUGUUCAGAUAAGUAGCUAGUCAAGUGACACCCUCAAUGAAUGAUAUUUGAUCUGUAAAUGUCCAUGUUUACUUACAGAUGGUAUUGUGCAGAGAAUGUUCUAAAAAUGGGCUUUAAUAAUAUAUAUAUAUAAUUUAGACAAUAUUUUUAAAAUAAUGGCAAUUCUACUCAAAGACUGAUUUGAAAUCCAUGCGUUAUCCUAAUUGUUAUUAUUCAUUAAAGAUUUAUAUAAUUCUGAUUUGAUUCUGGUAACUCCUUUAAUGCUGUAAUGUAACUUGAAGUUUUGUCCACUGACAAAUGACUUUCUACUUUGAUUUUAGGCACAUCGGCACAAUUUAGGCCAUGUCGUGCCUGCAGUCCCUCAAGGACCACUCUCUCUCUAAACAACAAGGGCCAGAUUCCAUACAGUCAUAUCAUUAAAACCAAGGUCUAUUCACAACCAAAACAGCAAAGGUAGUAGAAAUCCAAUCACCUGGCAAAAAUCUAAUGUAAACAGUACACGUUCACAAAUUCAUAAAUCAGAUCUUUGUAGAUGGCCCCACUUCCCGGACAAAGCCCAGUACCUUCCCAGGGUCGACAUUAUCAAAUAGUGUUUUUAAGCCAGUGGCUCUAAAAUAUUUCUCCCUGACAUCCUGGUAUCUGGGGCAAUCAAUGAGGAUGUUUCACGGUGAGGCGAGAGUCACAGUACUCACUCAGCACAAAAGAGUGCGUGAUGUAGGUGUGGCCAAUCCUUAUCUUCUUAUCUUAUAUCUUAUAUAAUACAGACGUUACUUCAAAAAAGAAGAUGAUUACGUCCUACGCGUCAUGCAUUUAGUCAUGCAUAUUAACCAAUGACUUAAAUUCUGCCAAGUCACUGGUUUUCCUGGCUAGCUCAGGCAACCCAUUCCAUGCUCUAAUAGCACUAGGGAAGAAGGAGUAUUUGUACAAAUUUGUCCUAGCAUAUGGGACGAGGAAUGUGCCUUUAUCUACCACGCCUUGUCAUACCCUUAAAUGUGACAGUUGUGAAAUAGAUGCACUAGAUAGAUCCACAUGGAGGGCAAGCAUAAAGGAGGGGUCCUUAUGGUGUACACACCAGGAAAAGGGGUGAAAAUACUGCAGCGUCUGGUGACUACAAAUACCUAACCUGUCACUGUGGAUGUUUAUCAAGAACUGGCCUCUUUAAGUCACAUGAGAUGCUGCAAUGGGAAAGGAUUGCAAGACAUAAAAUCCUAAAGAAUCCCUACUAUCAACAUAUCUUACUCUUUAAACUUCUUCUUAGCUACACACAGUGACAAAACAAAGGAAACCAAACAAAAUUUUCUAAGAUUUUUAAUCUAAACCUUGUUUCCAACUGGGUAAAGGAAAACACAUCAAACUUUUUAUUUAGUAGGAAAACAAGCAUUUGACAUAAGUUUUAUUCUAGGACUUGUAGAAUAACUAGUUAUAAAUAUCUCAAAUAGUAACUAGACACAAUUAUGCCAUACAAACUGACCACUUGGUACAGCAACUAUCUUGACAGAUUGCAUUGUGGGUAGUACAAAGGAUUUAAAGGAAUUUAAAGCCAUGAAAGUUUUCUAAGAAUUUUCACUCUUUUUCCAUCUUUUAGUACACACAGACAUGCAAAUUAAUGAUUCAAUCUACAAAGCUGUCAAGCUUCCAAACUUGUAAAACAUGCAACAUAUAAAAAAAAUAUUAACAAAAAAAGCUAAGCUAAUGUGGAGUUGAGUUAAGGAAGACUGCUACAAACAUUUGAGUUUUAAUAGUUCAUAUUUAUUUGUAACUCUAGGCUUUUCAAAUAUAAUAUAAUGGAAAAAAAGUUGUUUGUAAUUGAAGAAAGGACAUUGUUUGUGAAAAUGUUAAUAAUGGUAUUACAUUAUAUAUCAAAUCCUAUAUGUUUUCUUUUUAAUUGAUAAAUAUACAUAAGUCUUUGGUAUAAUGUUUAUGUCAACAUACAGUCUUGGAUAUAAAUCUUGCACUAACAUUUAAUUUUACUGUUGUUAUUUUUCAAUUCUUAUAUGCUAAUUCUCUACACAUGGCUUAUCUCCCCUUAUCUAAGCAAUCUUAUUCCCUAUACAAGGAUAUCUCCCCCCUUUUUUUUCUAUAUAUAUUCUAUGUAAAGACAAAAUUAAUUAAUUAUGACUAAUUGAUUAAAUAAUUGGUAAAUUUC